UCACCAUGGCUCCUCGCACCAUUUGGGCUUCGCGUGCAAAGAGCGCGAAUUAUCUGAUUUGUGCAAAGCGCAUCAACGAACCACCAACCCGCGGGCUGGACGUCUGGCGGUGCCUUGUUGGGCCAGCCCGUCCAAAUGCUUUUCCCGCCAUCACCACCACCUCGUCGGCGUCGGCCUGCUCCAGACUCGAUGCACCACCAAACAAGACUGGUCAAACCAUCCGUGAGCCUCAACACGCCAGUCGCUCCCCAGUACGUAUGCCCAGAGAGGGCUCUGACGGCUUGGUAGCAGUAGCACCUGUAUACCCCAUUCCAUGCAGCACAACGUCCGACUUCGCACAAGGUCCAAGGAUGAACCGAGACUUCACAGGAUCAAUUGACUGGCAUGCAUCCCACAUGCCAUGA